UGUGUCUAGACUGGACGGUGUAAAUGAACUGAAUUAAAAUCAUCGGUGUAACACAAAUCUCGUUGAUUAUUCCGUUCCGAUAAUUCCCAUUAUUCCUAACCGCCAUAACUAUCGUAUGUCAAUUUGUUGAAAGUCCGUCCUGUAAUUAGUUGUUUUCUAUAUUGUCUCCGUGUUAAAUUGAAAGUCAUUCUUCAAUAAUGGAUAGCUCAAAUUCGAUUGAACUGGAAAUUGCCUGUUCGAAACAGUUCAAAAGUAGCGUGACCCAAUCGGAGCUGAUGCAAGCUAUCCAACUGUAUCUUACGGAGAAUGUCAAACUAGCCAAGGAUCACGUUUUCGAAGUCAAGUGUCCGAGUGUGGUCGACGUGAUGGUAUGCAGCGAAUUGAACGAAUUUACGCCUCGCACCGAUCUACGGGCCUACACCUACACCCUACACGAGAGUCUCGAGGAAGAGGAAACGCUCCAACAGGACGGCGAGGAGAUCCAGAUAGCCAAUCAUUGGAUGUUGCCCGCUCGAGAAUUCCACGGGCUUUGGAGCAGUUUAAUCUUUGAGGAUGGAUUGAAGGAAGAUUUGCUUAGCUUCGUUUAUACCACAAUGAUGUUCUCUAGGAAGGGAGUUAACUCGAAUUUGAUCUCCUGCAACAGGCUGGUCCUAUUGCAUGGUCCUCCAGGUACAGGCAAAACUAGCCUGUGCAAAGCCUUAGCUCAAAAAUUGGCCAUCCGUAUGACGGAACAUUACACACACUCUCAUCUGAUUGAAAUCAACAGCCACAGUUUGUUCUCGAAGUGGUUCUCCGAAAGUGGAAAACUGGUUCAGAAAGUGUUUGGCCAGAUUCAUGAGCUCUGCCAGGACAGAAAGUCAUUGGUUUGUGUUCUGGUGGAUGAAGUUGAAUCCAUCGCUUUCGCACGAGAUUCCAUUUCCAACAACGAACCGAGUGAUAGUAUAAGGGUUGUCAACGCGGUUCUUACCCAGUUAGAUAGAAUAAGGAAGUACCCGAAUGUGUUCGUUUUUGCCACGUCCAAUCUGACCGGUAGCAUCGAUUUAGCAUUUCUAGAUCGAGCUGAUAUAGUCCAAUACAUCGGUAAUCCAACUGCGGGAGCUAUUUAUGAAAUAUACCGUUCAACUCUGGAAGAUCUAUCUCAAGUUGGGAUUAUCAAUGAAACCGUAUCGUUACCUGAUUUCCUUCAGAUAGCACCCCAUAAAGAAACGAUUGCCAUUAAUAAUCUCAAGAUGUUGGCACAGAUGAGUGUCGGACUGAGUGGACGUAGUUUGAGGAAGGUUCCCUUCCUGGCCCAUGCCUUGUACGUGAAACAAGAGGAAACUUCGUUGAUCAAGUUCAUAUCGGCCAUGCGGAGUGCUGUCCGGAAGAUGUGGAGCGAUAAGUCCAUGUUAAAGGGACAGGAAAAGGAUGCUGCUGAAUCGAAACAGUCCACUGAGAAUGGUGACGAUAAAGGGGAAACCGAUAAGUCUACGGCCGAACGUUGAACGCUCUUGGUUGAUUGUGAUUAGUUAUAGAGAUGAAAAAGAUAGAUUGAUAAUUUUCGAUGUAGAAACAUACUUUGAGUUUUUGCUUGAUUAGAAAAAUUUGAUGACAAAAAACAUUUCUCUAAAAUUUUAUGCUUGCAAACUUUAGCUAUCUGUUUUCUUACAUGUCGGGCGUGUCGAUUUUUUAAAGCAAACAGUCCAUAUUCCUACUUUUUGCUGGUUGGCCCAAAAAAACUGACCUGUGGAACACUUUAGCUCAAUGACACUUGAUUUGGGAGUGCCUCAAAGUUUCGAUUUUUUUACCUU